AUGAUCGCCAAGGUUAUCCUCAUCGCCGCUUGUGCGUCCAUCGCCGUCGCCCAGUACGCAGCUUACGCCCCGGAACCCAAGUACGCCCCAGCCCCAUACACCUUCGAGUACAGCGUAAACGACCCACACACUUACGACGUCAAGAGCCAACACGAAUCGAGCGACGGAAACGGUAACGUAAAGGGCUACUACAGCCUUUUGGAAGCUGACGGUUCCACCCGUACCGUCGAGUACACCGCCGACGACCACACCGGUUUCAACGCCGUCGUCAAGAACUCUGCCCCAGCUGCUGGCUACAAACCAGCUUACUCCGCGCCAUCAUACUCUGCCUACAAACCAGCAUACUAA